GGAGUUGCAAUGUUGCAUACUCCAUAACUCAUUUGCAGAAAAAUCGGAAGAAAGAAGAUUCAUUUUCCUGUUUUCUUUCCUUUUUAUGGUUGGCUAGGAGUUGCAAUGUUGCGUUCUCAGAAGAACAGAACAAGACGACGAAGCUAAUUACGAGGUGCCAUCAGCUGUCCUCUAUCAAUCACAUUCUUGAGAUAUAUUAAUCACAAACGGGUGGGGUGCCUUAACUCUCUCUCUUUAGACUGUAGGUCUCUACCCCUACCUCCAAAGUCCGACCCCUCUCUCUUAUUUCUCUUCUCUUGUCUUAAAUCAACGGGCUUGGGUUUGGUCAUUGGUGGUGGGUUUUCAGUGAAAUGGCUGUUAUGCACAAAACAAAGUCAAUUUUAACUUUGACAGGGAGGGUUGUUAAUGAAGUGGUCAGCUUCAUUGUCUUCUCAGUUCUGGACCUCCUGGAUUUCCUCCUAUGUUAUACGUACAAAAGUAUCGAUUUCUUCAUUGAAGCUGAAUGGAAACCUUGUUAUUGCUCGUCGGCAAAAGAAGCCAUCACCAGCAGUGGGAAGAUCUUGGUCUCCGAGCAAGGAGAAUCCAAGAUUGUCAGUAUUACUUCUAGUAUAUUGCAGCUUGAAGAGAUCUCAGACACCCUAUACACACGCCCAUCGUUGGCGUCCGAGGUCUCCAAAUCCACCGUCAAUGAGCUGAAGCGGCUCAAAAAGGAGAGCACAUUGGUGCAAUCAAGUGAGAAGAUGAGGAAAGGGACUGUCCGAUCGACUUUCACCAUCAACUCUACCAUCGUCGAAAUGUUACAAGGAAAGAUCGGCGGAGGGCAGCAAUCACAUGAUCCCAUCCCAAGAUGGUCCGAUUGUGAUUGUAAAACUUGCAACUCUUGGGCCUCUUCUUGCAAAGAUACGCUCUUCGUCCGAGCUGAUGGAGCUACAGAAAAUCAAGUGCAAGAAGAAGAUGUGCUGUUCAUUCAUGGAUUCAUCUCGUCUUCUGCAUUUUGGACUGAAACACUAUUUCCAAAUUUCUCGAAAUCUGCCAAAUCGAUUUACCGGCUAUUUGCUGUGGAUUUACUCGGGUUUGGAAGGAGUCCCAAGCCAAAUGACUCACUAUACACCCUAAGAGAGCAUAUAGAAAUGAUUGAAAGGUCUGUUCUCGAGCCAUACAAAGUGAAAUCCUUUCACAUAGUGGCACAUUCUCUGGGCUGCAUUUUGGCGCUCGCACUAGCCGUAAAACACCCUGGCUCAGUCAAGUCCCUAACCUUACUUGCACCGCCAUAUUUUCCGGUACCAAAGGGUGAACAAGCUACACAGUACGUGAUGAGGAGGGUAGCUCCAAGGCGCGUGUGGCCACUGAUUGCUUUCGGCGCGUCGAUUGCUUGCUGGUAUGAGCAUGUUAGCAGGACGGUGUGCCUUCUCAUCUGCAAGAACCAUCGUUUGUGGGAGUUUCUCACCAAACUUAUCACCAGAAACAGGAUGAGGACAUACUUGAUCGAUGGAUUCUGCUGCCACACGCAUAAUGCUGCAUGGCAUACCAUGCACAACAUUAUUUGUGGGGCAGCUGCAAAAAUCGAAGAAUAUUUGGAAGUUGUCCAAAAUCAACUAAAAUGUGAUGUAACCAUAUUUCAUGGGAGAGAUGAUGAACUUAUUCCAGUUGAAUGCAGCUACAAUGUACAAUCCAGAAUUCCUCGUGCCCAUGUUAAGGUGUUCGAGAACAAAGAUCACAUAACCAUUGUUGUUGGAAGACAGAAGGCCUUUGCAAGGGAACUCGAGGAAAUUUGGGAGAAGUCAGAGUAAAUAAGAUCUUUCAUAGCAAUCUAAUUAGCUACACAUAACAUGUGCAGCCCCAAAUCACCAUAAGUUUCAAUCCAAUCAAGGAAUGGACAAAAGAUAUUUCUAUUGCAAGUUUUCUCUCCUUUAUUACUUCUUCUUUUUUUUUCUUUUAAGUGUCAAGCCCUAGUUCAGGCUUUGUGACAUAUUACCAGUUAUUGUUGGGGAUGUGAAACGCUUCAUAUAAUUGUGAACUUCAUAAGAAAAAUGAGCAAACUAUCUAUUCUACUUCAUUCGAAACUGUUUAUUAUGAAUUAUAUACAAAAACCAAC